AAUUCUCCAUAUGUUGUCUCCCUCAUAUCAUCGUUUAGACUGAUAAUAAUAUUAUGGCUUUCGGUCGUUUAAGUUUGUGUUGAACAGAGUUGCACUGCUGACAGAUCUGUACAAUGUCCACGUGUAGUUAUAACAGCGGGUAAUGAUUUCCGCUUUCGUUAGAUCUUACGUCCGCUUUUCCGUUGCGCCUGACUCUCUCCUGGCCUCUCAAACACACACUGAUGUUGGAGGUGCACACACACGUAGGCUUCUCGAAUAAGGAUUCUUAAACAACAUGAGGAAACUCCACUUAAAACUGACAUUGAUCGCGAUAACAGUGUAUGUUGCAGCUAGCAAAUGGGAUGUCCCAAUAACAAAGAAUGUAACUGAAGGACAGCCCGUGUCAUUGACUUGCCGAGACCCACCUGGAGGGAAAAUCAGCUGGUUCCAGAAUUGUGGGAAGAAAUGUGCACAGAUCUCAACUGAUUCGAGAAGGCAAAUAGAUCAAGAAGGGACUCUUCACUUUUCACACGUGAAUGUAAUGGACACCGCAUUGUAUAAAUGCAGCGUCUCUGAUGGCAACACUAUGAAACUCGGAAGUCCGGUCCAGCUGAAUGUCAAAGAAGGUGAAGCUAAAGACAGAGUACCUACACUUUUAAAAUCAAGUGGAAACACCGAUGCUAAAGUGGGGAAAGACGUUACCCUACAAUGUAUCUUCAGCGCCAGACCUGCUCCAACAGUGUCCUGGUUUCGCAACAAUGCAAACCUCAAAAACACCGACGGUGUGUCGAUCUCAGGUGGCUCACUAACAAUCAGGAACGUGUCUGAGAAAGACACAGGUAUAUACCGGUGUACCGGGCAGAACAAGGCUGGGUCACAGUCUGCAGAUUUUAAUUUAAAUGUCAUAGAUAGUGCCACAAAUAAAGUGACAACUACAACCAGAGGUCAGCGGAAAACAAACCAGGAAGCUGUAGUGACAACUGAUACAGUGACAGUGAAACCGAUUCCAGCGGCCGAUGCUAUGUCGUCCAGUCGUGGCCUGGAAGCUGCGACAAGUGUCGUCGUCGUCGUUGUGACUGCCACCUUUUUGGUAUUUUAAUAUGGUUCACGAAGCGUAGAUUCAACAAUUGGAAAUUGUUUUUGAGGUACCUCGACCAAUUUGGCUCGCCGUAUUUAGAAAUGUAAAUAACAAAGUGGAUGUGCUACCCUUGUAGUCUGCGUGAAGAGGUUGCUCUUCAUUUACGGAAAACCGGCUCUGAAUCUUUUUGAAUUUGUGUUCUCAUUAAACGUAAUUGCUACCAUAUGUGUGAAAAAAACAUCGCAUUUUAUUUCCCGUCGCUUAAAAUGUUGAUGUUUCACACGUAGCUUCAAGCAUUAUUUGUGUACUAUGAAUUCAGCUUCGAGUUCCUUCUUCCGUGGAAUCCUUUUCUGUUGUAAUUCAGACAGAUGGCGUGUUUCCUUGUAAAAUAACAUUGUAUAUAUUGUGCUAGGUAGUGCUUUGACGUUUUUUGUAAAGAAUUGAAUGAAAACCUCCAUGUAAUCUUUUUUAGUCAUUAUAUAUUUUUGUUUUGUCACAUGGCCAAAUCUUGUAUUCAGUAAAUAAUAAACGUUUCAAUGUCUACGCGUCCACAACAUGAACUAAUUAUAAUGCCCACCACAAUAACACCAUGAAUGUUAUACUUUCGAUUUCGUAAAUAACCGGUGUCAACAAAACACCUCGGCGACUGUGACUGGGAAGUAUUUCGACAUAACAAAAACAAAUAUUGAUUGUACAUGUGGACCAGUUUUUCCGUGGUUUCGUAAAUCCAUAAAAAGAUAUAAUGUAAAAUCCAUGCACGUUUACAGCUGUUUCUCCGUUUGUUUUAUCAUGUGUACAUAUACUUUAAUAUAUCCUUGAUGUAACAACUAAGUAGACUGACAAUGUUUUCGAAGACUCAUUUAAUGCUAUCUUUGGAUUGGUUAAAAUACUUCAUAAAAUAUGGAUCAAUAAAGUGUGCUUUGAAACUU